ACUUGCUACUUUUAUUUUGGGUAACUGAAUCAUGCAUAUGAACAACUGAAAUGUAAUAAGAAUCGUUACACUUUAUGGGGCUUUAGGUUGUUCCAGCUAAAAUAAAACAACAACAAAAAGAACAUGUACCUGAUAGUGGAGUUCGUCGGAGAAGGGAGUACCGGUCCUGUAGCAAAGUCCUGGUACUCAGAUGGCCACUCAUGGGCCUACAAAGACUUGGACCGGUUACUAAAGAGCGUCAGGUUGAUGGAGGCACCACAGCCAGAUAAGGGUUGGACCAAGCAUCAGGCCAGAAUUCUACAUGAGUCGGCAUCAUUUGACAACAUUUCCAAAAAAUGGAAAAGGGCAUGCUACACUUCUGACAUCUCAGAAUCUGAAAAUUCUAUAAAAAGAAUUCACAAAAAGAAAACAUUCUCAUCAGAUGAUGAGCUUCAUGAAACCCCCAACAAAAAAGUUAAAAUGAAUAGAGACAAAAAUCCACCUACACCAAAAAUCCAGCCCGCACCAAAAGUCCCGCCUGCACCAAAACCUCCAGCACCUCUAAAAUACAUCAAGACAAAAGGUCCUGUUGUACGACCUCUGCUUACAACAAGCAAAGCAGUGAACUCUUUCAGCAAUUCAUUUGUUAAUCACCACCAAAGAGCCAUGGAGAAGCCAGAGCAGGCCCGUUUUGAGACUUUCCCCAGCUGUCAAGCUCCAGAUGUUCCCAUGAGCUUCUCCCAGGCAGAUGAGCCACAAGAUCAUUGGGGUGAACACUCACCUGACAUUCAAGACCGCCAGCUGGAAACUUGGGAAGAACACCCAUCUAUCACUCAAGCUGUUCCAGUGAGCUUGUCCAAUGAAAAUGAGCAAGAAGAUGCUUGGGGUGAACACCCAUCUAACUUUCAAGAGAACACAAUCUCUGAACAAAGAUCCUCAAGUACUCACCAGCCAAGAACAAAUAGUGCUUCUGGUGUGAGACGAUGGAGCUGCAUCACUAAUCAAUGUACACCUGUUGAGAGGACAAUUCUGGAGGCACUUAAUGAACUGGACAUGAAGAUCAAUCAUCUGACUUCAGCAAACAACCGUUCCAGUGCUCCAGUGGUGGACAGCGAGGAUGAUGUCUUCCCUCUCACAACCAUGGAGGAACUAGACAAACUGGAAAGAAAAUUAUCAGAGAAAGCAAUGAUGCAAAAGAUGGUGAACAGGUUAUCCAUCAGUGGAGGACACACACUGAAGAAAACAAUAUGGAGAAUAUGCUCCAAGGUGUUUGGUCCUGUAGCCAAACAACUAAACUGGUGUGGAAGGGGAGAAAAGCGAGGGAUCAGGAAAACAAACAUAGGAGCACUCCUAAUAGGAGCAGCUAUGAAGAAUCCCGUGCUUCCGUCGCCAACUGAAGCAGAGGCUGAAAAACACAUUAAGGAUUAUCUCCGCUUGGCCCCAGGGAGAAUGCCUUGUUAGUCAACUUGAUUUUUUGUUGUUUGUUUGGUUGGUUCAGGAUUAAAAUAAUAAUAAUAAUAAUAAUAACAUAAACGACUGCUUAUUUUCAUUCACUGUUAAUAAAAGGAUACAAAUCAUUCAACAG